AUGUACACUUACAUGAUGGGCGGCACCGCCGUGGGGCACAAUCGCAAGAGCAAAGAAGAAGAAGAAGAAGAAGAAGAAGAAGAAGAAGCUGAGACUGUUGAGAGGACUGGGCUCGACCCUCUGCCCGGUUUCAUCUUCCAACAAGCAACACAGGUCGUCAUCCAGUGUCUUACCUCUACCUCUGGUCCAUUCGUCCUCGGCUCCCAGGGCGUCGGCAAAACAUCCCUGGUGACGCGCUUCUGCAAGGGUGCCUUCAACCCGGCCCAGAUCACCUCGACCGUUGGCGCCAGCAUGAUGACCAAGCGCAUUAUCGACACCGAUACCGAUACCGUGGUGCGCUUGCAGAUAUGGGAUACUGCCGGCCAAGAACGAUUCCGCUCCAUCUCCCGCCUCUACUACCGCGGCGCCAACGCCUGCAUCCUCUGCUACUCCAUCACCGACGCCGCCUCCUUCGCCGAGAUGGGCAUGUGGCUGACAGAACUACGGCGCAACCUGCCUCAGGACAUAGUCCUGCACGUCGUCGGCACCAAGGCCGACAUCGUCGCCCGCGACCCUUCCAAACGCGAAGUGCCCUUUGAGCGCUGCAUCGCCUACGUAGCCGAGAACCUGAACCCGGGCGUGGGGUCGACACCGCCACCUACUGCUACGCCUUUGGGAAUGCCGGGGAUUCCGGGGAUCCCAGGGGUAAUGAAUUUAAGUAGUGGUGGUUUGGGAGGGUGGGCAGGGACAGGGACAGGAGCGACGACGACGACGACAGCUACUGGAACUACAGCGUCAGCAACAACAACAACAACAACAACAACAACAACAACAACAGAAAGACCAGAAGGAAGAUCUGGAGGAGGGAUAACAGGUCUAGGAGGACUAGGCGGUAUCAGACUAAGAGGAGGAGAAGCAAACAAUGCCGCCCAACGAGAAACCCACCAUCAGAACGUCGGUGAAGGAAGCAACAACACCACAACAACAAUAACCGGCGGAGGAGGACCAAGACACCCGCGUCUACGCAACCACCCCCAUGGCCAUGGCCAUGGCUUCCAAAGCACCACCGAACCCCGCUCCCCCUCCAGCAAACGCUCCUCGGGCUUCUGGGGCCAAGAAGUCGGCUGGGACGCCUGCCACGAGAUCUCGGCUGAAUCAGGCGAAGGGGUAGAAGAAGUCUUUCGCGUGGUUACACGCAAGCUGGUGGAACAAAACCGCAAGAUGCAGCAAGCUUUGUUGGCCGCCGCCGCUUCCACCCCAGGUGUCUUCACUCCUGGCGGGUUCUUUGGGCCGGGGACUGGUGGGUAUUAUCCUGAUGGUACAGGAACAGGAGGAGGAGGAGGGGGAGGAGGGCCGGGUGGCGGAGGACCGGGUGGUGCUGGUUAUGGAGGUCCUGGAGGAGGUGGUGGUGCCGGCGGUGGUGGUGCUGUUGGGAAUGGAGUGUCGGGGUACUUUGAUUUGAACCCGCGAGCGACGUUUCGGGGAGGUCGGGAGGUCGGUGCUUGA